UCCGCUCCUGCGUUCAAAGAGGAAGUCCCACUGCUCCAUCAUGUCUUCUCUAUUUUUGUGACUUCAACCUGUUUGUUUAACGCUGCAAUACAGCCGGAAGGCGGCCGCCCAGCUGUCGGUAUGUCAAUGUCAACGUUUCAAAAGGUGACCCUCGCGACGUGCCUCGUGCUGUGCGUCGCGCUGCUGCUUCCCAAGAUGCUGCUGUCCAGGGGGAAGAAGGAUGCUGCCGAGCGGCCAGAAGGCUCAGGUCAUUUCCCUCCCAUGAUGCACCGGCAGGUGGCUCCAGAGGGCCGUAGCCAGAGGGCAGCGGGGUCCGGGUUCUCGAGGGCCCAUAACUCUGAUUCCAUGUCCAGGGCUAAAGGAGCCGGGACAGGAACCGGGACCGGAGGCAAAUCCAACCUGGCGGGACAGAUUAUCCCCGUGUACGGCUUUGGGAUCUUACUCUACAUCCUCUACAUUUUAUUUAAGAUCACAUCUAAAGGGAACAACAAGCCGUCAGCUAGAAGGUGUCUUCCACAUCGAUCUGAGAAUAUGAAGAGGAAGAUCACUGACUUCGAGCUGGCCCAGCUGCAGGAGAAGCUCAGGGCGACGGAGCUGGUGAUGGAGAACAUCGUCUCCAGCGCCCACCACAGUCCUGACAGGGUGACGGGGGUCACCGCCGACCAGGAGGAGAGUCUGCUGCAGCAGCUGUCAGAGAUAACCAGAGUGAUGCAGGAGGGUCAGCUGGUGGACGGGAUCCUGCCGGAGAAGAAGGUCCAGGAAGGCUGGGAGGACUAUCCAGAGGAACCUCGCCCGUGUUGGGACGGUGCCCAGUGCUGCUGUCAGCACAGCCCAGAAGGAGAACCUGAUGCAGACAGAACAGAAGAGGCUUCAGACAACCAGGUGGAAAACCUUCUGGGAGGUUUUAAAGGUCAAGAGUCUGGAGACACUGAAGAAAGAGUAAAAGAGGAGGAGACAGAGCAUCAGCACAACAUGGAAGGUGCUCAGCCUGACCUGGCCGGGGUCCUCAAGGAGCUGGAGCUCACCCUGAAGGUGACCUCCAUGUUGGAGCAGGAGAAAAUCCACGAGCUCAACCGACCUGCGGCGACGGAAACAUCCGGUGGCUCAGUGAGACGGAGGAACAAGAGAAGGAAGGCCAAGAAAGCAGCACCCUGACUCUCCCAUGAGGCUUAGCAACGUUAGCUCGGGCUUUAGGAGCUCUCAGCAGAUUGGCCGUAGCAUGGCAGCUGGUGUUAGCAUGACAACACCAGCCAUGGUCAUCUUUGCUUGAACUGGAAGAGAGCAGAACCUGAGCGUCAGGAAAGGCUCUACCUGAAGGUUUGGUAUCGUAAAGUAGCAUUUAAAUGAACCGUUUAAUAAGCUAAGUUCAUACUGUAACACCGACAUUAACCCAGCAACCUGUUUAUGGGAUUUACUAUUUCUGACAAAAACUGUCAGCCAAUCAUCACUGGUGUAUUAAAUUUGGGCUUUUAUUGAUUUAUUUGAAAUGUUCUGUUUAGAAGUCGGGCCGGACCGAGGCAUAAGCAAUAACAUGCUGCUGCAUAAAAGAACUUGGUAUCACACAGAGCAGGUUGAUCUGGGCAGGAGUUGUUCACCUAUGAAGGCAAAUGUUUAGAAUUGGAAAGUUACGUCAACAAUAAGCUAUAAUUUAUUACUUCAUCACCAUCUAAAAUUGUUAAAAGCUCAAGUUU